CCAAUCUGCAUAAGAAUAAUGUGGGAAACACGUUAUAUUUCAAUUUUAAAAAAAAGCAACAACAUCUGGUCACGGUCAGAUUUAAAUACGAGGAGAAAAACAAAAUAUGCAGGAAAAACUUAAAGGAACUUCUUGUUCCAUUUCCCCUGGACUUCAUGAUAUCUCAGGUAAACUGCAGACGCUGUUGAUCCAUCCUGGGGAAAAAAAAAAAAAAAAAAAAAAAAAAACUAACUCCAAACACAAAUCUAAAGUCGAGCUUCAGGAGAUACACCGCCUAUCAGAGUUUCGCAUUGAAUAGCUCCCCAUGCACACGCUGUAGUAAGGCAAGCAGAGGAAUUUCAGGGUGCAGAAAGGACCGCUCCUCUCUCUCUCUCUCUCUCCUCUCUCUUUUUCUCUCUGCAUCCGAUUUUCCUCUCAUCUCUCCACUGCUCUAUGCUGAGAAAAGGGGGAAGGCGAGGAGGGGUAGGAAGGUGGUCUUGCAGUCGACGAGCGAAAAAAGGGAACAUGAGUUUGCUGAGGAGAAGCUGCAGCGAGAGGGGGAAAACCUUUGCCCAGGAGCCCUGCGGAUCGGUAAAGAAGGGACAAACGACCACUCUCUGCUCGGAGUCCGCCUCUUCAAUUGUUUAACUUGUUGAUGCAACGUUACAGCAGUUCUCCCUUUUUCUUCUUCUUCUUUUUACCCCCUCCUCUUCUCUUCAAUCGUCUGGCUGCAGUGGGUAAUAGAUGGCUGGCGGGAUUGCAAAUAUUCCCUUCCGAGGAUUAGUGUUUUAUUGACUUCAUCGCGGACGCAGAUUAAUGAUGGAGCUUCUCUAUGGUGGGUCUUUUACUUUUCUUGGAUUUAUUUUCAAAGGGAGACAGAGAGAGGAAUAAAAUCCCGGUUAUUGUUGGAUGAAGAUUUGGGAAUCUAAUUGAUAUUCUGCCGCAAAGAGUGGGCUUUCUUAACACAACAGUUAGAGAAGACUGGACAGGCUCGGUAGAAUCAAAUUAAGUGAUUGUUUUCUUUUUUUUUUAAAACAUCCUAUUUCGCUGAGCUUCUCUCUCUAUCUGCUCUUCCUCCUGCAGAUGCAAUCUAUCUCUGAGCCCGUAGCACUGUGACAAGCGGAGAAGGGUCGUUAAAAAAACACACACACAAAAAAACUACAGGUCAGCAUGGCAGCAGGUGUAGCGGCAUGGCUUCCCUUCGCCAGAGCGGCGGCCAUCGGGUGGAUGCCGGUGGCGAGCACCCCGAUGCCCAUCCCUCCCCAGGACAAGAGGAAAGCCCAGGACGGACUCAUCAUCCUCAACGUGAGCGGCACCAAGUUCCAGACGUGGCGGACCACGCUGGAGAGGUACCCGGACACGUUGCUGGGGAGCACCGAGAGGGACUUCUUCUUCCACGAGGAGACCAGCGAGUACUUUUUCGACCGCGACCCCGACAUCUUCAGGCACAUCCUCAAUUUCUACCGCACGGGCAAGCUGCACUACCCGCGCCAGGAGUGCAUAUCGGCGUACGACGAGGAGCUCGCCUUCUUCGGCAUCAUCCCCGAGAUCAUCGGGGACUGCUGCUACGAGGAGUACAAGGACCGGAGGCGCGAGAACGCGGAGCGGCUCCAGGACGACGAGGAGAUGGACAUGAACAACGACGUCACGCCGGUGAAUCUGACGUUCCGGGAGUAUCUGUGGCGGGCUUUUGAAAACCCGCACACCAGCACCCUGGCGCUGGUGUUCUACUAUGUGACGGGCUUCUUCAUCGCCAUCUCGGUGAUGGCCAACGUGGUGGAGACGGUGCCGUGCGGAACUCUGCCCAACAGGUCCAAGGAGAUGUCCUGCGGGGACCGCUACGCGCUCGCCUUCUUCUGCUUGGACACGGCGUGCGUCAUGAUAUUCACGGUCGAGUACCUGCUCCGCCUGAUCGCCGCCCCCAGCCGCUGCAAGUUCAUGAAGAGCGUGAUGAGCGUCAUCGACGUGGUGGCGAUCAUGCCCUACUACAUCGGCCUGGUCAUGACCGACAACGACCAGGUGAGCGGGGCGUUCGUCACGCUGAGGGUCUUCCGCGUCUUUCGGAUUUUCAAGUUUUCCCGGCACUCCGCGGGGCUGCGCAUCCUGGGCUACACCCUGAAGAGCUGCGCCUCCGAGCUGGGCUUCCUCCUCUUCUCCCUCACCAUGGCCAUCAUUAUAUUCGCCACGGUCAUGUUUUAUGCAGAGAAAGGCUCCACAGCAACCAAGUUCACCAGCAUCCCCGCAGCCUUUUGGUACACCAUCGUCACCAUGACAACACUGGGGUACGGUGACAUGGUGCCAAAGACGAUUGUGGGGAAGGUGUUUGGGUCCAUAUGUUCUCUGAGUGGGGUGCUGGUCAUCGCCCUGCCUGUCCCUGUGAUAGUGUCAAACUUCAGCCGUAUUUACCACCAAAGCCAGCGGGCGGAGAAACGACGAGCCCAGAGGAAAACUCGCCUCGCUAGAAUCCGUGCUGCCAAGAUUCGGGGCACUAACGCCUAUAUGCGCUACAAACAAAACGGGCUCCUGAUCGACGCGCUGGAGGAGGCUUCUAAGGUAGCAGGACAAGCCCUGGUUGGAAAGGCGGCCAGCCCUCCGUUUGAGAGCCAACAUCAUCAUUUGCUGCACUGCCUGGAGAAGACGACGAAUCACGAGUUUGUGGACGAGCAGACCUUCCAGGCCAACUGCAUGGAGAUCUCGGUGGUGAACAAGUCGGGCUCGCGCACCUCAUCGUUGUCCUCGUCUCCGCACGGCCUCAGCUCCUGCUGCUCGCGGCGCCACAGGAAGAAGAGCAGCUUCAGCCUGCCGAGCACCAACAACCAGGAGCUCAGCACCAUCCAGAUCAGAGAGCGGCCCGUGUCCAACAGCCGCUCCAGCCUGAACGCCAAGCUGGACAAGACGAUGCCCUUGAAGUGCGACGAGGCUUACAUCUCCCCGUCCAUGGUCCGGCUGUCCGCCCCGGUGGCGACCUCGUCGGACGACACCUCCACCGCCACCACCACAUACUCGCAGAGCAACAUUGUCCGAGUAUCUGCCUUGUAGAUGUCACACCUGCCUCACCUGACCAGCCCAAACUGGUCUGGAGAAGCACCAGAUGCUGAGGAGAGGGACCACCGAGCAUCAACCUGCCAUAACCGAGAGGCAUUAUAAGCUUGACAGCGGUUGGGAUUUUUCUUAUGUUGAAGUUGUGAUUUCAUCUGAUGUCAAACUCUGCAUGGUGUUACAAAAGAAAACAAAAACACAAAAAAACGAACAAAAAAAAACAAACAAAAAACUUUGAGGACCGCGGCCCCCCGGGGCCGGAGUUUGAUGUUGAACCAGCAGAUCUUCGCUUCAUUAAGCACAUCAAAGCGAGGAGGCGCUUGGAAUGAUCGUCAUCGUUGCCUAAACAUACUGAGAGAAAAAAAAAAAAAAUCAACAACUUUAUUUUUCAAUAUGUGACGUAGAUGUGUUUGUUGUCUCUGAUUCGAAGGCGGGAAGAGUCUCGAGGUCGUCCUCGACGGCCUCUUGGCGAUAAAGCACACGUGUUCCUCGCCGUCUUUGUGAAUAUGGACUCACUCUCCACGCCGUUCCAUUUAAAGCCCUCUUCAAUUGAAACUCUUUCUUACCUCCCCCCCGUUCACUGUUGUAAAAUCCAGAAAAGACGUACGCCCACUGGAACGCUUCGCUGUUGUGAAUAUUCACAAAACCGACUCACAAAACCGGUCGGCGUCAUCGCCUGACGAAUGAAAUCACACGACUCAUCCCGACAUGUGCAAGUGAAGGUCGAACGACCAAAUCUGUGUUAGAUUCCAUAUUUGCCAUCCUGGGUCAGUGCGAAAGCCGCCUGUCGGUAGUUAACAGUUAUUGAUAACCAUACAGGGUAUACAUUAGCUAGGGCACAAGUGAAUAAGUGAACGUUUUCGGUAACUCUUAACUAACCUUGAUGUGGACAAGAUGCUAGCACCGGCCUGCUAAACCUUAGGAAAGGACAUCGACUGACUUCCUCACAACGACUCGGUUGACUCCAUUGUGUCAAAGCACCGCUUUGUAUAUUUUUCAUACUGUAAAUAUUUCUCAGUUAGGACUUUAUCAAAUGCAUCUGAAGUUGGCUCCUCUAAGUUCUAGAUUUAGUUUGAACAGUUUGUUGGCACAAAAAAAAAAAAGAAGAAAACUCUUUCUGUCUGUUACCUGGUUGAAUUUAAUGAUUUGCAUGCUGUCAUUGCAGAAUUAUGUUUUAAUUAAAGUGUGUGUCUGCUUGGGAGGUUUGUUUCAGUGACGGCCGGAUUAAUGGGCUGGAGCACAACGGAGCGGCGCGGGUGUCCUGAUUUUAAAGUCUGCUUUUAAUGAAAUACAAAUCUUGUCAUGGACUGCGUGUGUAAGGGUAAAGACAGGGGACAAAUUUAUCACACAUUGUGCAUUUGGUGCAGUGGAUAGAAUAAACAGUGCAGAUCUGCUGAA